CUGACUGGGCUGGCAUGAGCCAACCGACCAGCAAAAUCGUAACAACAUUCUGCUCGGCAAAGGCCUGGUGGUAGGACGAUUUCUUUUCUACAUUUAGAGGCCCUGCCAUAUCACAUACGUACGUACAUAUGUGGGUGAGGUUUGGUUUUUGGGGUUUUCAGCUCCAAAAUCAGACCAUUUUUGACUGGAAGUGGCAAGCCGAAGUGCGGUUAUAGAUUUUUUCACUCAUUAUAAUUGCGCCAGAAUGGUGCAAAUGUGAGCUCAGUGCCAGUGACGUAGGGUUUCCCUUGCUUCAAACUCUUCGUCUUGUUUCGUCGUUACGUUUGUUGCGGACCGUGUCGUUCUUCAAAGUAUGGUGUUUUCCCACUGCUGUUAAGCUUUCGAGAGCUGAUCUGGUGGUGUGUUAGGUGUAGUGUGUAUGUUAAAUUUGACUGAUAGUGAACCGGACAACAACAUCGAGCAGCAUUCGCAAUGACUGCGAAUCUCACUAGUGACAAGGAGCCCAAGAUGUCCAGAUUGCUGAAGCUAGCGCAGAAGUUCAACUGUUUUUAUUUAAAUGGUCUCAUUAAGGGUGAUUGUCGUCCAUUUGUGGUCGACGGGCAGCAGGUUGGGCUAGUUAGCCAAAAUGUACUGGAGCAAUUACUUAGGUAUCCGGAGGUGUUUUGCAUCAGGGAUGCGGAACUCGGAAAGCAGGCUCAAAACAUCGUAGAGCUGAACCCGGCCUUCCGUGAUUAUACCGAGCGAUCGCAACAGGUAGAUCGGGUACUUAAGGAUCUUCGGGCCCAGGAUCUGUUCGUGGCUUUGCGGGGGUGGCGCAACGAGUGCUAUGACGUCAAGAGCAGCACCGAGUCGUUGCUGAAAAUGGACCGAUCGGCCACCUGUUUGUUCGGGGUACGCAAUUAUGGCGUCGAGAUCAACGGGUACGUCCGACAUCAGACCAAGGGUUUAUGCAUUUGGCUGCAACAGCGCUCGGAUACCAAACAAACCUGGCCGGGCAAGUGGGACAACAUGGUCAGCGGAGGGCUCUCGGUCGGAUUCGGCAUUCACGAAACGGCCGUCAAGGAAGCUGCCGAGGAAGCGUCCGUUCCGCCGGAUCUCAUCAAGAACCUGGUUUCGGCCGGGUGUGUUUCGUUCUUUUUCGAGAGCGAGCGGGGUCUGUUCCCGAAUACGGAGUACGUGUUCGAUUUGGAACUACCGGAAGACUUCGAGCCCGAGAACAGCGAUGGCGAGGUUCAGAACUUUCAACUAUUGCCGGUGAAAGAGUGCCUGGAAAAAGUAUUUGCGCCGGAUUUCAAAACAACGAGCUGCCCGGUGAUAAUAGAUUUCAUGAUUCGACAUGGAGUAAUCACACCAGAAAACGAAAUAAACCUAACUCAAAUAGUGGAACUGUUGCACGUUCCCCUGCAAUCACUCUAUUCGUACCGGGCAACGAAAGUUAAUGGUCUCAAUAACGGAAAUGGCGUUAAAAAUGGACAAAUCUAGAGCCUGUCCUACUAGAAAAGCAACAGGUCCCACACAUAUCUGGGCCAACUUGAAAAAAAUGGUGAUAAUUUAACAAUUUCGCAUCGCAGCGCAUACGCGAAAUAAAUUGAACGAAUGCAGGUAGGUUAAUUAAAUUGUAUUUUUCAAUCUGUGCUAUAUAACCGUAGUUGUUCCAAGUUUUUGCAUCUUUAUAUAAGUUUAGAUUGAGGCAAGAAACUUGACCGUUUGCUAUAGUACAAUCCCAUUAUUUUAGUUCGACGUUAGGUAAUUCUCUCAAAAUUAUGCCAAUUUUAAUCAUUAGACGAAAUAAAGAAACGAAUAUAACAGCUACUAUAUACUAUUUUCAAAUACUGCUGAAAAUGACUGGAAAAAAACAUAUAUGCUGUGCUUAAACAAAGAACGAGAAACAAGAUUGAAAAGAGAGGGUUUUCUUUUUCAAAAGGGCUUAGAGCUCGUUGCUAUAUAUACACAAACACACACCCAACACACACACACACCCUAUAUAUAAUUAAUAAUGUCUGUUCCAAUCUUAACAUCAAGUAUAUAACAGUGUUAACAAACUAUGUCACAAUCGUUCGUGCAAAUCACAACUACGCGUACUUCGUCAUUGCAUAGGCUAUUAUAAUUUAUGAUUAUUUCCAAUGUAUUUGCACUAAGUCAUAAUUUUCCAAACAGAUAAUCAAACUAUUUAUUUUAUUUAUAAUGUGAACCACCCCGCAAACGAAUCUUUUCCAAGAGAAGAUGAUAUUUUCUGUUUCCUAUUCCUGUCGAAAUAAGUUUAUCGUUUUCCAACUGCGUGUACUAGUUUUUUUUAAUGAAUUCGUUUCAUGACAGGUCAUGUAAAUACAACGGGUAUCUAAUUUUAACAAGAUAAUUUAAUUUCGAAAUGAAAAAAAAAAGUAGUAUCCAUUAUUGGCGAGAGAUAUAAAACGUAAUAGAAUUAAAUCAGGACACUUUAGUUUACAGUUACUUUUUCAGUUAUAUAAACAUUUUUCUAGUUGUCAAAACUUCAGAAAGUAAACAUUAUAAAAGUAAUUGGAAAACUGUCUUAAUCUAUCUCAAACCACCCGUUGUACACAUGAUUUGAAAAAAAAAUGGUUAUCCGAAUCAGAUGGCGAAAUUAGAUGAUGCAUAUUGAACACGAAUUGAAUUUUCUGAAAAUAAAACAGUUAUGCUCGAAA